GUCGGUAUUACCCUGGAACCAUGAAAAGUGAAGGAUGUUAGCUGAUGUGAAAAAUCCAAUUUGAUUCAGUCCUUACAUGCAUUUUUGAGGUAUCUUCAGCCGUUGGCAGAUGUUGACAUGGAUACAACUUCAAACCCCCUUUUGGCUUCAACAUUUUUUUACGAGGAUGAUGGCAACGACACCACCGUAAAUCUCUUUGAACAGCCAGACUGGCAAGUGGCACUCUGGGCGAUCGCAUACUCACUAAUUGUGAUCGUGUCAGUCAUUGGAAAUGUUACUGUUAUUUGGAUAAUCAUGGCGCACAAAAGAAUGAGGACAGUAACCAACUAUUUCAUUGUCAACCUGGCAUUUUCGGAUGUGUCCAUGGCAACUUUCAACACUGCGUUUAAUUUCGUGUACGCUAUACACAACGACUGGUACUUUGGGUUAGGAUAUUGUAAAUUUCAUAACUUUUUCCCCAUCACUGCCAUGUUCUCCAGUAUAUACUCAAUGGCAGCAAUAGCCGUUGACAGAUACAUGGCCAUCAUUCAUCCACUGAAGCCCAGGCUGUCCUCCACAACCACAAAGGUAGUGAUUGCAGUCAUCUGGAUGGUGGCGUGCUCCUUGGCCUUCCCCCAGUGUUUCUUCGCCGGCACAACGUUCUACCCGCCGCGGACCGUCUGCAUGGUGGAGUGGCCAGAUGACUAUGGAGGGGUCCACCAGCUCAUAUACCAAGUAGCUGUCAUCAUCCUGAUCUACUUACUCCCCCUGCUGGUGAUGCUUGUGACCUACAGUCUGGUUGGACAUAGACUGUGGGGCAGUGAGAUCCCAGGUGAAGCAACUGAUCAUUACCAAAACCAAAUCCAGGCCAAGCGCAAGGUGGUAAAGAUGAUGAUAGUGGUGGUGGUGACGUUUGCCACCUGCUGGCUGCCCUACCACAUCUACUUCAUCCUGGGCAGUUUCAACAGGGACAUCUACAAGCAACAUUACAUCCAACAGGUCUAUCUGGCCAUCUUCUGGCUGGCCAUGAGCUCCACCAUGUACAACCCCAUCAUUUACUGCUGUCUCAACCAGAGGUUCCGCUCAGGAUUCCGGCAAGCAUUCCGCUGGUGUCCCUUCAUCAAGGUAACAGAGGAGGACAACAUGGAGUUACAACACAUGCGGACCUUCCACACAACCCGCAGCUACCGCACUGAGACCACCAGCCUGACGGCCCGCAAAAACGGCAACAAGCAAGAGGACACCGUCUCCAAACUGAUCAAAGCCUAAACGAAUGUCUGGGAGUGAGCUGUUGGAUUAGGAGCGGACGAAUGAGAAAAACCAGGUCUGGAAAAAGAGAAAUGUUAGAAGGAAGAGGACAGAGAGCUGAUUCCUAUUUCAAUGACCAUAUCCACUAACUGUCAUGCAGUACCUCAGUGUGAGUUGAAAAUGAGUACAUGUGGAGUACGGAUUGAACUGUGCUCCAAUGGCAUAAGCACCAAGCCUUAUCUGUCAGCCAGUCAUGAAAGUUGACAUUUGUGUUUGUGUUUGGGACAGUGUGAAACUGUGCUAUUGUUUGCUUUUCUCAGCUCCAGUCACAGCCCACAGAUUGAAAUGUGGAAGUCGUCACUGCUGUAAAUAUGAAAUCAGUAUACAUAUAUAAAAAAAAUUUCAGUGUGACUUCUUUGACAGUGUUGAAAAUGUGAAAAUGAGUUUUCUAGAACAAAUGAGAUCCAGUUAAAGGUCCCAUUUUAAUUGUCCAAUGUACUGCAAGUGUAAGUGUAAGCUUAAGUGGGAAAAUAUGAGGUUAAUUGUUUCUUGCCUUCAUACAAGUAAAGGUUGUUCGAUGAACAGGGAAAUACAAAUCUGGGAUCUGUCACAAUACCAACUUGAGCACAAUUCAUUAAUAAACCUUCUUGUAAUAUUAUUAAAAUGUUAUUGGAUGAUUGGCAAAAGCUCUUCAAACCAACAUGGAGACAAUAUGAGUUUAGUUUGAAUUAUCAAGCUAUAAUUUAUGAACAAGACAAUUUAACACAGGGUAUUAAAUUAGAACAAGCAACAAUUUCAAGACGUGCGUCCCCCCGAGUUCAAACCUUGUGCAAAAACUCAGUUUGGUACCUAGAGAUUUUAUGCUCAUCCCAAACCUGGAAUAGCCUAGCAAGAGAACUGUUGGAAAGACUCUUCAUCAAGCAAAGCCUGCUGUGCAUGAACUAAAGCUAAUUUAUUAACUUGGCAAAAUCAUUUUGUUAGUUUAACCCCAUGAGCAAGAUCCUAAGCACAAACAUGGGUGGGGCAGUGCAAUGCUCCCACACGCCACACGGUAGCUUUAGUUUAUGGACUUUGCUCCUUUGACCUAGGACUUAUACAGAGUCACCUCACUGUGCGCAUUGUGACAUCGUCAAUACACUUUCGUUACUGAAGAGAUAAAACCUUAACAGUAGAUGGGUUAGGGUUACCCCUACAUUAAUUAAAUAUUGUGUUAAUCAGAUUGCCAGUUUGAAUACAGAGUUUUAUUUCUCAAAUAUCUGAAGCUAACUAGAUAUUUUAAUUUAGUGAAACAUCUUGCAUUGCACUACUCAUUUCCAGCAUGGAAGACAAAAGAUAAAUAAUUGAUGAUCUGCAUCCAUCAAGGACAUUUUCACAGAAACACUUACACAGGAAGCUUCAAAAGACAACCUGGCGGCACAAAUGGGAUAGUGGGUGUAACAGAAGUCCCCCAGAAAAUUUAAGAAACACAAAUCAAUCAGGAAGAUGGCAAAAGAAGUUGGUAUUGGUGACACUAGGAUAAGAAGAAUAUGUUUGAUAAGAAGAUCCAGUGGAUUUUAAGCAUACAUUUACACCCUGACAGAGUUUUCAUGCUAGAUACAGCACCUUGAGUCAGGCCCAGUCAAAUAGCAUGUAGCUCAUGGAGUCGCCACAGUGCAGCUUAGACUGUUUAGCAGAUGCUACAUUAAGAAGCAUCAUCACCAUCGGCUGUAGCUUUGCAUGCCAAUCCAAACGUCAUGUUUGUAAAUUAAUGUACAAAACAUGUCCUUUCUAAUUUCAUAGUGUGGUACUUAACAAAUCUUGUGACAGCCUGCUGGUUACUGUAUUUCAAAAUGUACUUGCCUGUGUUAAGCAUCAUAUAUUCAUUGCUACCCCCUUUACAGCCUGUGUCUGUGUUAAGCAUCAGUAAUUCAUCGCUACCCCCUUUACAGCCUGUAUCUGUGUUGAUGUUGACUGUAAUACAAUGAGUGUUGAGGUUUUCAAAAUAUUUGUGAGGGAAUAUAUAAACGGUGUAACAUACAUAUCACCAAUGGGAUUAUGACGUUAAUACUAUAUGUGGUCACUAAAUGUCUGUAAUGUAUAGCUGUUUUGGUAUUUAAUAUUAUCGAUGAUAUUGGUUACCCUGAAAGAGAAGAGAGCCCUGUUAGCUGCACCAAUGCUUCGGAGGAGCAUCCUUAACAGUAGAUGGGUUAGGGUCACCCCUACAUUAAUGAAAUAUUGUGUUAAUCAGAUUGCCAGUUUGAAUACAGUGUUUUAUUUCUCAAAUAUGUGAAAGUAUAUUGUAGGUACAUGAAGUGUGUUGGUGUUCUUCAGGUGAAUGAAGAGCAAAACAGUCCUUAUUAUAUAGAGGCAUACAAUGUCUGCACACGGGUGCUGGUUUUUUGAAACUCACUUUGAAAUCCUAUUUACAUGUUUUUUUUUAUGAUCUCCUAUUAAUAUAGGAGAUAUUCUGCUACU